UGGAGCAAAAAUUCGUGCCCCACAUGCCCUGGUGAUGACUUUCUUGUUCAAGAGUGGAAGUUUAAGAGAGAAAUUGAAAUCGAUUGCUCAGGCUACGUACACUCAUUCCCGGAACUUGGCAUAUUUUGUGUUCACCUACAAGGGGCUGAUGGCGUUGCAGUCCCGACUACAGGGGAAAAAAAUUCCAUUUCAUUCUUUCUUUGCAGCCUGCAUUGGAGGUUGGCUAGUGUUUGGUGAGAACAACCCCAUCAACAGCCAGAUCAUUAUGUACCUGCUGUCUCGUAUCCUGUUCGGCUUGUCUCGGCUGGCAGUGGAAAAGGGCUAUGUCCCACAGCCAAAGCAGGAUCCUUUUCCACUUGUCGCGGCUCUGGUAUGGGGGACAGUUCUCUGGCUCUUUGAGUACCACCGGCAAACUCUGCAGCCUUCUCUGCAGUCCUCCAUGACCUACUUGUAUGAUGAUAGUAAUGUAUGGCAUGACAUUUCUGACUUUCUCAUUUAUAACAAAAGGACAGACAGCAAGUAGAUGGUUCAUUGUCAAACACCUUUGAAUGGGAUGGUACCUUCCAGCAGAUAAGGGAAAAGGUUAUUCUGUUGCUCUUGACUGGUGAUUUUUUUAAAUUAACAUCUGUCAGGCACAGUCGCUUUUUGUGUUUUGGCCAAAAUGUUCUGACUAGUCUUCUCUUUGCUCUGUUUAGAGCAAGUAAAUACCCCACAGAAACUUGUUGCAGUCCUCAGUGACAGUAAAACGCCUUGGGAAUCUUGAGUUAAAGUAAGUCUUUUUUUUAAAGAGGCCUUAUUUUCU